AUGAGAAAUUAUAACAAGCUCUUCACUCUAGCCUGUCUACUGGCUACAACCUUAUUCUCAGCAACAUAAGCUAAUUUGCACCCUGGUAUCACUGGAUCUAUUGAUCUUUCGCUCUUUGAGGAUGCCAAAGAUGCAUAUUUGGCCAAUAUCAUUGACUCCUUGAAUGGAUUAUCUCAAUUUGACUAUGAUCUUCCCAGGAAGCAAGGAUUUAUUAAGAACAACACUAUCCAUAUCACUGAAACUCCCUCUGAUGUUAAGCUUUCAACCAGCGAUAACAACGUUUUCAACAUCGAGAUAAGAGAUUUAACUGUGAACUUCGUCAGUCAAUUCUUCAGAUACAACCUCUGGUUCAUCCCAGUCAAGGGUUUCGCUAAAAUCAAGAUGAGCAAGGUCAACCUACUUCUCUCAGUUCAACUUACCACUAAAACUGAGAAAUCAAGAACCCUACUUCAAUUCAAUGUAGUCAAAGCUGACUUGUAACUUGAUUACAAAAGACUUGAUUUUGAUCUUGGCGGUGGAUUUUUGGCAGAUUUCAUUGACAUCUUCAUCCCCCUCUUCAGAAAGACCAUCAGUGGUGAUAUUGAGCGCAGCGUUGAAGCCCAAUUAAAGUCAGAUCUUCCAUAAAGACUCAACUAGGAUUUGAUUACUGAUAACGGUUUCCUUGAGCCAUGGAAAUUCCCAGCUUUCCAAAACAUGACCAUUGAUUACAGUGUUGAGGUAAAUCCAUCUAUUAACGGCACAUAUCUCGGAGCAGGUUUUAAUGGGACUGUCUUCAACAAAGGCAUGCUUCAUUACAAGCCAGUAUCAGACCCAAUUAUGAUGCCAUUCCACAACUACAAAGUAAAGUCUAGAGUUCAAUUCUUCAUCUCAGAGUACUUCUUGGAAACAGCUGCUCAUUCUGCACUUCAAGACAUGGCUGUUGGCUUCUUCAUUUCCCACAAAAUUGUUCCAGAAUCAUUACCAUUCGAUUUGACUACUACUGGACUUGAGAGAUACUUUAACGGCAUGGAAGCUACUUUCGGAAAAGAUGUCCCAGUAGAUCUCAACUUCACCUUAGCUGAUGUAAGAGAUUUUGAAAUCGUCAGAUCAAAGGAAAAGAUCAUCGCCAGUGUUGACUUCGCGAUUGACUUUAUUGUUGCCUUCGAGGACGGAAGAGCCCCAAUUUCUGCUGGAAAGAUUGAAUUCAACAGCACAGUUGUAGACUUCUCCGUUGAUGUUAAAGGAAAGAGAGUUACUAUGGAAAUAAACGACAUCGACAUUGAGAAGAUCUUCAUUGAAUCAGAUUAUCUAGGUAACCUAGAUGUGAGCAUUCUAAAGGUGUUCUUGAAUUUCGCUCUUAACGAAGCUAUUCCUUUCUUCAACUUCCUCUUCGGUGACUACUACGUCGAUCUACCAGAAGUCAUCUUUGGAUUCUUCGGUAUUAAGGACAUCUCAUUCACCUACUACGACCAUUACUUAGAGUGUGGUAUCUCUCCAAAGUUCCUCCCACUAACCUCAUAAAAGAAGUUGUUCGAUUCCUUCCAAAAGUUCAACUACCUAUUUGAGGAGAAAGCUUUCUUAUAAUGA